AUGGAAGACUUCUACGAUAGCCAACAGGCUAAUGAUGUCGACAAUGGUACGGGUAACAAGUGUAUGGAAACAGCGGCUUUCCAAACAUUUCAAUAUAUUGUAGAUGAAAUGUUAUUGGCCGCAUGCAUGGCAGCCACCGUAUUCAACGUAAUUGUCAUCUAUUGUGCUGUUAGACUGUUUAAAAAAUCUGGUGACACCAUGCACAUAUUCAUUAUAAGUAUGACGUUAGGUGACCUGCUUUUAACAGUGUUCUGCCAUCCUCAAGAAUUCCUGACACGCCGUCAUAAUGUCUUACGACAUGUGCAUUUGUGUGCUGUGAUACAUUUUUGUAACUGGCUUGGUCUAGGUGUUUCCGGCUUGUCACUAACAAUGCUUAACGUAGACAAGCUUAUCUAUUUUCAGUGGCCAUUAAGCUAUGAUCGCACUAUGUCAAAAACUAGAGCUGCCGCAUUUUGUGUUCUUAUUUGGACCAUGUCACUCGUGUUUGUUAUGAGUGACGGGCAAAACUAUUUUUACCAAACUUUUAUGGUCUUAUUUUGUGUUCUGCCAGUAACAUCUUCAAUGUUCGUCAGUGGAUAUCUGUUUCGUUUAACCCGGCAAAAACGGCAUGCUCCAGUUAACAUAGGCGAAAAUUUAGACACUCCAACUUUUAAAAACAAGAUGAAGUCAUUAGUCUUCAUAUUUGCCACUACGGCAUGGACAUCAUUCAGUUUACUACCUUAUCGAAUCUUCAACCUGGUACGAUUACAGUUAAUGAAGGAAUGGGAAGCCUACGAUUGUGAUCAAAAAAUGAUGCUAAACUGGUUUGCUUGGCCCUUGGUGUAUUUGCUAACUAUAAAUCCGAUUGUGAAUCCUCUGAUAACAGCAAUAAUUUAUGCACCAUAUCGAAUAACAAUCAAGAAACUGUUGAUUAAGAUGCCACUAGGUAAUCGCCCGUUGUACAGCUACAAAUGUGACCACACUGAGCAAUCUAGGCUAACUUCAGAAUUGCAUAGCAGUGUUAACAGCGGCAGCGACGGUUCCUGGACUCCAAUUGGAUCGACUAAUAUAAAAAAGAGCGAUCAUACUGACUACCUUUAUGCAGAGCGCACUAAAAUAAUUGGAUAUUCGGCAAUGCUCGGUGAAAACGGUGCUGACGGGGAAGGCGAUAACACUCGUUGA